UCCUGCUGAUUUGCUAUCUUGAAGUUGAAGAAAUCUUGGUGAUUUUUUUGCAUCGUUGUUGAGUCUUAUUUUAUUAUUAGUUUUAUUAUUUGAUUAUUUCUAACUCUGAAUAUUUGCAAUUUUUGUAGUGUCAUUCGACAUUGAUCAUGGAUGCUGGUGAUCAUGAUACAUCCAUAGAUCAUGAUUUUUUUCUCCAAGGACUCACAGGGGACUACGGCCCCUUUGAUACUAGUGCUGCAGGUGAUGAUGGAUCCGACGGUGAACCUCCGGUUGGUUCACAUCCAGAUCCAGGUGAUGCAGCAGGAGUGCCAUCGUCAGGCUCUACAAGUGCGCACACAUUAGCAAGCAGCGGGUCUAAAAGAUCAAGAGCCGGUACUUCCGAAGUUUGGCAAGACUUUGAAAGGAUCUACAAAGAGGAAGAUGGGGUAAGUGUCAGGUAUGCUAAGUGUUAUAUUUGUAAAAAUGAAUUAUCUGCAAAGCCCUCGGGUGGAAUGGGGCACUUGAAGAGGCACGCCAUAAGUUGUAAGCGAAAGAGUGGAGCAGCCAUGAAGCAGACGGUGUUGCAGUACAACCCCGACGGCUCUGUUCAUCAUUGGGAGUACGACUCUGCCAAUGCUCGAAAAGAGCUAUGUCGCUUCAUUGCAAGAGCGGAUCUACCACUCAAUAUCGGUUCUUCAUCAAGAAGUUCAGACUCUUCGUCACGAUCGUCUACGGGCACCGGAAUUCCAACAUCCGGAGGGGAGCUAACUACCUUCAUCGACAGUGACGUUAUCAGCCACGAACAAGAAAACUUCAACAUACUGCAAUGGUGGCAUGAGCACAAGACGAAUUAUCCAGUCCUUUCACUGUUAGCGCGAGAUUUGUUAACGGUUCCUGUAUCUACAGUUUCUUCUGAGGCUGCCUUCAGUCUUACAGGAAGGAUAAUCGAAGAGAGAAGAACAAAUCUGUUAAGUGAGAUGGUUGAAAUACUCACCAUAGUAAAGGAUUAG